CAGCCAUAGCAUGCCACCACCGCAGCCCGCCAUCCGUCGCCGAAGACUACCCGCCCGCCUGCUCAUUACCAUAUAUCGCCGCCACCGCUCGCCGCCACUGCUUGUCGCUUGCCACUCGCAGCCACCACUCGUUCCCUUCCCGCAAUCCAAAGCCGCCGCCCUUCUGCUCCCGACGCUACCGAUCGCCCGACCUCCGCUGCCUCCCGCUCGCCUGUUUUUUGCCAUUGCGACAGCCCGACACCCGCCUCCCGCCCACCACUUGCCUCCAGCCUCCCGCUCGACUCCACUCACACAUGUAAUGAUUCGUAUUUGGUGCAUCAAAGAAGACUUCACAUACGCAAUGGAUGACGAAGCUUAAUACUAGAAUAUGACAUGGACCCAACCGUUUUAUAAAAAAAAAUAAUUCUCCUAAAAAAAA